UCGCCCAUUCGCCCAUCCAAGACCAUUCUGCGCGCCAGCAAUAUAUCCGGUCAACCAUGGCUGGCUGCGUAUGUCUUGGCGCCAAUCGCUCGUCUGCAUAAUUUAUCAACGCACGGCCCCUAUAUAUGAUUCUGCAUGCAAGCAAAACAAGCCGGCUGACAGCAGGAAGAAGACGACAUCCACAAACAAGCCAAUCAAUGGCGUCCUCGCCGGUGCUUGUGUUGCUGGUGCUCAUCGCCGCCACCGCGGCUGCUCCGCAACUGAGCUCGGCCGUGGAUCCGGUGGGCACGUACUGCGCCAAGAACUUCACGGGCGCGCAGACGCAGGCGAGCAUCAGCCAGGUGCUCGCGGCGCUCGUCCCGCGCGCCUCCGCCGCCUAUUACGCCACGGCCACCGCCGGCAGCGGCAGCUCCGCCAUCUGGGGCCUCGCGCAGUGCCGCGGCGACAUCCCGGCCUCCGACUGCGCGCUCUGCAUCUCCGCGGCGGCGAAGCAGGCGGCCUCCUCGUGCCGGGGCCAGGCGGACGUGCGGCUCUGGUACGACUACUGCUUCCUCCGCUACACCGACGCCGACUUCCUCGGCCUGCCGGACACCGGGUACACGCUCAUCCUCAUCAACACCAUGAACGCCAGCGACCCCGCCGCGUUCGACCGCGCCGAGAGGAAGCUCAUGGCGCGGGUGGCGGCGGAGGCAGGGGACGCCGCGAGCGGCGGGCUGGUCAGGGAGACGGCCAGGUUCGGGUCGGCGACGACCAUCUACGGCCUCGGGUGGUGCACCAGGGACAUCACCGCCGCCGACUGCGGGCUGUGCGUGGCGCAGGCCGUGGCGGAGCUGCCCAACUACUGCCAGUUCCGCCGCGGGUGCCGCGUGCUCUACAGCAGUUGCAUGGCGCGCUACGAGACCUACCCCUUCUUCUUCCCGGUCAGCGGCGCCGCGGCUGCUUCAUCUCAUGCCGGCGAGUACGAGAAAGUCAUCUUGAACCACCACAGCUAGUUUUAUAUAAGUGUACGGCCGUUUUGUCAAUCGCAAUAAUCACCAUCAAAGUGUUGUACAAUACCCAUAUUUGGAUUCAAUAAUGCGGAUGCUUGCAAUGCAUUCACCAACUAUAUAGCAUAUUCUUAUGUGUGGCCUCUA